AUGUCAACAGCAAUGGACGAGGAGGAAAGAAAACUUCAGGUGCAACUUUGACCUUUGAUUUAUUACUUGCAUUGAUUCACACACACAUAUAUAUAUAUAUAUAUAUAUAUAUAUAUAUAUAUAUGUAUAUAUGUAUAUAUGUGUGUGUGUCUUGGAAGCACGUGGUGUCCGUAAGAUAAAGAUGGACAAAGCUAGUAUUUACUCAUAUUUUCACUAAACCCGUAGAGACUGAAAGCAGCAGUCCACUAUACAGUGGGAAGACUGUGUCAAAGCAUUGGUGAGGAUCAUCAGAAGGAAUUCAGUCGACAGGUUAUAGCAGCAAUAGCUGAAACGACGUUCAGGCAAUGUGGUGAGUAUUAUAAUCACAAACAUCACCAAAUAAUGUCUGGAGGGAAGGGGAUUUGCUGUGUAUGACUGGUAACAAGAGGACACUGAUGAGUUAAUUAUGAACAUCUUUGUGCACAGUCUCCACCUUGGGUUUGCUCUGUCCAAGCACCAGUCAAAUUCACAUGUUAUUCUGGCCCAGUCCAGAAACUGCCCCUAGACACUUCAUAGGCCUACGUGGGAUGGAUUCGAUAGGUAAUACUGUAUACUUACAUAUUCGGUUCUCCCCUAUCACAAGUCGUUAUAGGGGCUAGGGGUACUGGGAAAAUCUUGAGACUCAAAAGGCUUUGUCCAAACACUCCUAUGGUUUCCCUUCCUCAUCUAUUUUCCUGAAAGACCACGGAUAGAUGGUCAGAUGACCAUACAUACAUUGACUAUCAAGUCCUCUGACGUCAGCGCCAUAAAACAAGUGAAGGAACGCUUUCGUUGCAUCUCAAUGGUCAGAUGUAUAUUGUUCCCCUGGUCUCCUUUCCUUCAUCUGUACUGAAGUGGAAAAAACUUGGCAGGUGAAGAGUGUCAGGUAGCCUAGCAGUGGUUGUGACUAGAUGGGGGUACAGCUAGGACCGGAAGUGACUUUUCGUAGCAGGUUAGGAGAGCAUUUUAGCUAACCCUAACACUUUUCCUAACUAUAACCUAAUUCCUCUAACCUGCUAUGUUAAUUAUCCUUACCUGCUACGAAAAAGUCACUUCCGGUCGUAGCUGUAUGCAGUAUACCACCUAGUCAAAACCCCUAGCGGUUAGAGCGUUGGGCCAGUAACCGAAAGACCCUGUAAAACAACAUUCCACUGCACCUAUGACAGUAACUGAUUUUAUGUUUUACUUCCCCUAGGGUCGAAGACCAUCAUGUCUUUCACCUGCCCUGUGUUUUCAGAUCUAUGCGGAUGAGGGAGAGACCAUUGGAGGAUGCCACUUUACACUGAGACACACACAAGGAUUCUUCUGCUUGUAUGUUUCAGAUGAUUGACAGCAUUCCUUUUUUUCUUAUCUUUAGAUAUUUUUGCGAAGGACUUGGAGGCCUUUGCAAGGUAAAAGGUCUUCAUACAGGUUGCAUUGAUGUUAUGAAAUCCGUGUUUAUUCAGACUGACAAUCCUCCUGUUACAGAUUAAUGAUUUCCAGCCCCACAUUUAUGCAGUGUUCAGUUAGGAGGUAGGAAAAAAGGAAUUGGCAUCAAAUGCUCUGCAGGAUCUGUUGUAAUCAGAAUAAAAGGUUCCUUUAGCAGUAUUACACAUUUCCAAGCAAGUAUAAGGCAAUACCAUGAGGUUUCAUAAUCAGAUUAGUACUAACAUGUGUGUUGUGGGGAUUCUAUUGUAGGCAUGCCAAAAGAAGCACAGUAUCUGUGGAUGAUGUGAAGCUUACGGCUCGUCGGAGUACAGCACUGGUGGGUAUUGGCUAAUUAACAAUAAUUUCAUAAUAUAUGCCAACAUCACAGGAUUGAACAGUCAGGUCUUAAUCAGUGCUUUAUUAUUGUGUCGUUUUAAGACAGCGAGACCCAAUCUUGGCAUUACUGAAUGUUUUUAUGGUACCAGUAAUAUUGACCCUUUUAUAGUUAUUUUCCACAGGAACAUAGGUAUUUGCAAUGAUAUUGUCGCCAACGUUUUGAAUUAACGAACACUCUUUUCUAGUCUAACUUCAUACAAAGGAAGAGUGAAGAGAUUGCCAGCACCAACCAGGAGCAAAGAGACAUAAGGAAGAAGAGUGCAGGGAAGAGGAAGAACAAGGAGACAGAGAUGGAGUAG